CUACCAAACAGUGGCUGUAACUUCUAUUGGUUGACUUCCCUUAUAGGCGGUGUUUCUGCUCAAAAACCAGAUUCCAAACCGCCCCGUAAUCAACGUUGUCGAUUGCGUCUUUGUUCGAAUCUCAGCUCUCUCUUAAGAAGAAUUUAUAAGAACUCAAAGGAAGAACACUAACAACUUGGAAGAGGGAUGCUUCUGCAAAGGCUUCUGAUGCAACAUUAUUCUUGGAUAAAGAAAAGGCAGAUUCCACAGACUCAAAUCAAUCUCUCAGCUCUAUUUGGCACCCAAAGAAUUUGUGAUAACAAAGAAACAGAGGAUACAGAGGAGAAUGAGGAAGGAAAGAAUUUCCCAUACGCUGAUAUUCCGAAGCCUGCAAAGAAGUGGGAGAGGAAACCAUAUCCAACCCCCAUGAAAGUGCUGAUACAAAGGGCCAAGGAAGAGAAGCAAGCUAGGCAGGAAAACCCAUGCCGCCUUCUGGAACAUGCCCCGGAGAAUGGCCUUCUUGUUCCUGACCUCACUGAGGUAGCCCAUCAAGUGUACAAUGCCAGGGAAUCAUUGCUUCGUGGUCUCUCCAAACUUGUCAAUGGUGAUGCUGCUAUCCCUGUCAAAAGAUGCAGGUUUUGUUCUGAAGUGCACAUCGGCCACCUUGGCCAUGAGAUUAGGAGUUGUGAAGGCCCCAAGUGUGGUUCAAGGAACUCAAUCCAUGUAUGGAGGAGAGGAGGAAUUAGAGAUGUUGUAGGUUUCCCAUAUUGCUACCAUCUCCAUGAUAGAGUUGGAAAGCCAAGAGUUGGGCACAAAGAACGUUUUGGAAUCCAAAGGCUUCCAGCAAUGGUAGAGCUGUGCAUCCAAGCAGGUCUAGACCUUGAAGGUUACCGAACAAAAAGAAGAACCAAGCCUGUUUACUCGAUUGAUGGAAGGAUUGUAGACUUCGAGCCAGAAGAAGAGGCCAUGGCAGUAGAGGAAGCUCAUGAGUCAGUGAAUCAGUGUCUAAAUACCAGCUCCAUGGACAACACAUUUGAAGAGCAAGCAACGAUGAGUGAAUUGAGUGCCAGGACAUUGCAGUCUUGGUUGGAGAUAAGAUCAGGGGCUAUGAAGCUUAUGAAGAAAUACAGUGUGGUAACCUGUGGUUAUUGCCCUGAAGUCCAGGUGGGGCCUAAGGGACACAAAGUGAGGAUGUGCAAAGCUUCAAAACACCAGCACCGUGAUGGCUUGCAUGCAUGGCAGGAAGCCACCAUUGAUGAUUUGAUUAGGCCAAACUAUGUAUGGCACCUGAGGGACUUGCAUGCCCCCCUACUAGUUAAUGAGCUAAAGAGGUACUAUGGAAAGGCUCCAGCCAUUGUGGAGCUUUGUGUGCAGGCUGGAGCACCAGUACCUAAACAAUAUAGAAGUAUGAUGAGGUUGGAUGUUGUACCUCCUGAACUUGAUGAACAUGAUCUGGUUGCCUGAUUUCUUUUAUCUCUAAAGUUCCGAGCCCUCAUUGUUUUAUUUGUAAAGCAGCUGGAGAAUAUGCUGUUAAGAAGAUUGUAAAGAUUAGUGUAAGGGUAUCAAAGACUGGUGGCUGCUUCAGAUCCAAGAAAUAUAUAAUUACCCGGUUCCCUUGU